UAGACAUGGUGAAGAUAAACAGAAACGUAGCGCAUCGACUGCUGGUGAUGUAGCUGUCACAUCGACAUAUGAAUUCUCGUAGAAAAGACUGUCGGUGUCCUUUUUAUUGAAAACACUCGUGUUUUUAUUGAASGCUCGUCGUUAAAGGAUCAGCUAAUGUUUGUGACAACAUGGACAGUGACCUGAGUCCACAGGAUAAAAAAGACUUGGACAAGUUCAUCAAGUUUUUUGCCUUGAAGACGGUCCAGGUGAUAGUCCAAGCUCGCCUCGGAGAGAAGAUCUGCACUCGCUCGUCUUCAUCUCCCACCGGCUCRGAUUGGUUUAAUUUGGCCAUCAAAGAYAUCCCGGAGGUCACUCAUGAGGCCAAGAAGGCGCUGGCUGGUCAGCUUCCUGGCAUCGGCAGAUCCAUGUGUGUUGAGAUCUCCCUGAAAACAUCAGAGGGUGACUCGAUGGAGUUAGAAACUUGGUGCCUGGAGAUGAAUGAAAAGUGUGAUAAGGACAUCAAGGUGUCCUACACUGUUUAUAACCGUCUCUCUGUCCUGCUGAAGUCUCUGCUGGCCAUCACCAGAGUAACACCUGCCUAUAAGUUGUCCAGAAAGCAGGGACAUGACUAUGUCAUAUUAUACAGGAUUUACUUCGGGGAAGUCCAGCUGAGUGGAUUAGGAGAAGGGUUCCAGACGGUGCGUGUCGGCGUYGUGGGCACUCCCAUCGGAACGGUCACACUCUCGUGUGCGUACCGCAUCAACCUGGCCUUCAUGUCCAGCAGGCAGUUUGAGCGGGCAGCUCCCAUCAUGGGGAUCAUCGUGGAUCACUUUGUGGAUCCUCCCUGCAGCAACCAGCAUCCAGCCAACAUGGGACAUCCCUGCAACUACAGAGCGCCGGAUGAGGAGGACGGAGGAGCGUUCGCAGAAGUUCAGGACUCACAGGAAGUCUGCACCACCUCCUUCUCCACCUCUCCUCCCUCUCAGUGUGUGUGUACUCUGAGUCCCUCUCCUUCUAAACUGUCCAAGCCCCUCCCUCUGGACAGUCUGCAGCUCCCAUUGGCUCCUGGACUUGUCACUCACAAUCUGUACGCCUCCAGGUUAUCCUACCAGCCCACAGCUUUAGGAGGAGCUGCYGAGUUCUGUCACCCUGCAGCCACCAGCAACCAGUGGCGAUGAAGACGGCCUGCUGCAGAGCAGCGAGGGGAGGAGGGACGAAGAGAGGAGGAGCAUCUCUCCGUCCGACCCGGUGGAGUCUCUCAAUGCUUUCACACGGAAGGUUGGAGCGUUUGUUAAUAAACCGAGCACACAGGUAACAGCGGGCAGCCUUGAUCUGCCUUUUGCAGCGUUUGCUCCUCGUGGACUGGACUCCGAGGAGACUGACCCCAUGGUCCACCCCCCAGACUCUCCUCCCUGCCAGUCCCCCCUGCAGGCCAGCCUUCACUCUCAGGGCUCAGACGGGUCGGCGCAGCCGGAUGACUUUGUCAUGGUCGACUUUCGUCCAGCCUUCUCUAAAGACGACCUGAUGCCGAUGGACCUGGGCACCUUCUACAGAGAGUUUCAGAACCCCCCACAGCUGGCCAGCCUCUCGCUGAACACCAGCUGCCAGUCGAUGGCUGACGACCUGGACUCGCUGCCGGAGAAACUGCGGGUGUACGAGAAAAACWUGGACGAGUUUGACGCCUUUGUGGACAUGCUUCAGUAGGAGAAACGGACCGCCUGGAAUAAACAGAUAACCACAAAAACAAGCAAAGGUGGACAUUUAGUCCCGGAGAGAAUUAACUCUACUACUCGACUAAAUGAUCGUAAUUAGUCUUGAAGCUCCUUUUAGUUUUACUCUCACCAGUCUUCUUCACUGUAAAUACUGUAUUAAAUCACAGACCUUUUACUUCCCGUGAGGCACAAAUCAUCACUCGUAGCUUAAUGAGUCACAUCUUUUAUGAAUUGAAGGACAGUCUUCUGAUUCUCAUCACUCUUUUAGUAAASCUGCUGUAAUUUAUUCUCCCUCCCUGCUGAACUCUUCCAGCCUUCGAAGGUUUCCUGGAUGUCACAUCAGCGAUGUUCCUCUACGAGUCUGGGGRAAAAGCAGAGGUUUGCCCAGCUGGUCUGGGAAAUGAAAAACAAAUUUAAGAUGGACUGGUCAUCAUCAAUGAUCAAUCAUUACGCUUCAAACUAAAACACCAUCCCUCUGACUAAACACACAUUCAUGUCUUUUUUUUGUCUAAAUGGAUGGAUGAUCUUAGUGUCUAAGUCUAAACAGGACGCCAAGUUAGAGCUUUUAAUGAGUUUAAAUCUCUUCUUUAAAUCCAGUCAUGAAGGUUUGAUUUAUCGGACGUUAGACUAGUGGUGUUCUGAAUGCUUGUGUAUAUUUUGUGAAUUUGUAAAAAAAGAAAGAAAAUUGGAUAAGCAUUUCCAGAUGUUCACAGAAACGUCGUCACGGCUGGUUGAAAGCUUUAAUUUAAACCCGUUUGUGUAGUUGUCCUAAUAAAGCAUGACUGCUCUGUCUCCAGGU